ACAGGACCGGGACAGGGACAGGGAUGGAGCCGCUGGAGCUGCCCCGGGGUUCCUGCUGCUCCUCGGGGCCGGGGCUGUCCCCGGAGAUGUCCCCAGGGCUGUCCCCGGGGCUGUCCCCGGGGGGGUGCGAGGAGCGCGAGGCCUGGCUGGGCCCGGGGGGCUCCCCCCGGCCGUGUCCCUACGGAGCCCCCGCCGAGGGAGCGGCCCCGGAGCUCCGAGAGCCCCCCACGGAGGAUGACAUCUACUGCCGCUGCCUGUCGCGCACCCUGUGCCACACGGCCACGCCCGUCACCGUCGGCUUCUACGCGCCCUGCGGCCACCGCCUGGAGUCCCUGCUGGCCAAGGUCACCGGUGGGUCCGGAACCCGGGAAUUCGGGAAUUCGGGAAUCCGGGAAUCCGGGAAUUCGGGAAUGUGGGAAUUCGGGAACCCGGGAAUUCGGGAAUGUGGGAAUUCGGGAAUUGGGAGCAGCGGAUUUGGGGUUUUCUGUGCCCGGUGGUGUUUCCUGAAGGUUUGGGGUCUCAUUGCAAAUUCCAUCCCAAUCCUUAGUUCAAUCCCAAAUCCCACCCCACAGUCCCAAAUUCCAUCCCAAAACACAAAUUUCAUCUCAGUUCCAAAUCCCAUUCCAGUCCCAAAUCUCAUCCCAUCCCAAAUUCCAAAUCUCAUCCCAGUCCCAAAUCUCACCUCAAAUCCCAUCCCAUCCACCCCAACGCCAUCUUAA